AGGAUGGAGAUAGGAACGGGUAAAACCCUAGAUUGGUGCCAAUGGGGAACACCACAAACAGAGAAGAGUAGUACUUUUAACCCUGCUCUUUAAAACCCUAAAAACGUAUCUGCGUCAUAAACCCUCGCGCCUUUGCUCUCUCUCUCUUUCUCUCAAGUAGUAGUAGUAGUAAGCUAAAUAAGCUGCCUUUAUUUAUUUAAGUUAGCCGCCGCUUUUUAACUCUGAGAGAAAGUCAUGUUCUUUCACUUUCUCUCUUCUUGCCAUGGUUGGAUUUCUCGCUAAACCCGUUGAAGAAGAAGAGCUGCAAGUCCUAGUCGAUCAACAAGACCCCAAGGUAAAAGCUUUCAAGGACACUCUUGAUUUCCCUUCCCUCGAUUCUUUUCUUGAUUUCGAUUCCGUCUCUUGGUUUGGGAGUAAUCGAAACGUUGAGGAGUUUAGCAUUGAAGAUACCGACUUUGGUUUCUUUGAGAACAAUAUGGAUAUGGUUCAAGAAACUGUUAAGUCUGAGUCGAUUGAGAGAAAGCCUGAGCUUUGUGAUGGCAUAUCUGGCCAAGUUGCUGUGAGUUCGAUUAGUCCUGAGUCUAUGGUUGAAGAAAAGCCUGUGCUUUGUCAUGUCAUGUCUGAGCCAGUUGGAGUGAGCUCUAUUGAGGCUGGGUCGGUACAGCCCAAGGUCUGUGAUGAACCAGCAGUGAAAGAUUCAGAACCGGCUGUUUCUGACAACUCUAGGCCCAUGGAAGGUGAGACUGAGCCAGUUGUUGUGUCUGUUGCUUGCCCCACCAUGGAUUUGGAUGAUUCAGGGUCGAAGAAAACAGAUGAGGGUUUGGCUUGUUCUAUUGAAGUAGGGUUGAAGAAGGUAAGUUUGGCGAUGGAUGAUGAUGACAAGAUUGUUGAUGCUAAGGGAAAAUCGGAUUCUUCUGAUUCUGAGAGCGAAACCUCAAGCUCUUCUUCAAGCAGUGCUAGUAGUAGCAGUGAGGAGGAGGAGAGUGAUGACGAUGAGAGCGACCAAGAGGAAAAUAACAAGGAAAAGAAGUUUGAAGAUCACAUGCUCUUGGGGAAAGAGGAUGAUCUAGCAAGGGAACUUGAAGAGGGUGAGAUAGAGAAUUUAGGUGAGGAGUAUGGGGAUGACGAAAUUGAGCUUGUUGAUGAUGAUGAUGAUGAUGAUGAUGAUGAUGAUGAUGACGAUGAUGAAGUGAAUGAAAUGGUUGCUUGGAGCAAUGAUGAGGAUGAUGACUUCGGUUUGCAAACAAAAGAACCUAUAAGGUCAAAGAAUGAGCUCAAGGAGCUUCCUCCAGUUCCAGCUGUGGAUGUCACUCUGGAACCGCAUCAUGCCACACUUCCUGUUGGAGUUGUUCUUUCGAUAAUGAGCACACAAGUAAUAGUUGAGGGAAUGGAAAAGCACAGUCCUUUGACUGAAGGUUCUAUCCUCUGGUUAACUGAAAAAAGAACCCCAUUGGGACUGGUGGAUGAGAUCUUUGGACCCGUAAAAUGCCCUUACUAUAUUGUGAGGUUCAAUUCAGAGAGCGAAGUGCCAGAGGGGAUUAGUCAAGGAACACCUGUCUCUUUUGUCGCAGAUUUCGCUCAACAUAUCCUUAAUAUCAAGGAACUGCAGAAGAAAGGUUACGAUGCAUCUGGGGAUAACGACGAGGAGAUACCAGACGAGCUAGAGUUCUCAGAUGAUGAAAAAGAAGCUGAAUACAAAAGAAUGCAGAAGAUGGAGAAGAGAGGGAUGAUGAAUGACCAAAAACCUGGUAAUACAAGAAACAAGAAAAAGAAAAACCGAGAUCUCGAAAGGCCUACAAGCAACUACUCAGGAGAAUGGACAGAGAAUCAGGUAUCUAGUUCUCUAACCUCAAGCCGUUCUGAUCCGCGUGAGAUGGGUGGUCCGGUUCCAACUCUUCAUCCGCGUCCUCAAAUGGACGGUUUUCCUCCAAACAAUGCAGCGGCAUGGAGGCCCCAAAGUAAUCAGCAGCACCCAUAUCAGUUUCCUCCUAUACCUAAUCAGAUGGGAAUGCACAAUCUAGCCCCAAUGCAGAUACCUUUGAUGGCUAUGCAAAAUCAAAACCAAAUGAUGUUCCAACCACAAUUCAAUGGUGGCCAGAUGCCAAUGCCAGGUGGACCUAGAGGCUUAAACUUCUUUCCAGGCCAGGCUUCAGCGCCAUGGCCUGCAUUGGUUGGUCAGAACUGUUUCAACCAACCCUUUGGGAUGGGUCGCGGUAUUCAGCAGCAGCCAUUACCGAAUGAGCUGAAUUUUAAUCUGUUUUCUGAAGGUCUUCAGAUGCACCGGCCACAGCCACAAAUGCACGGGCCACAGUCUCAGAUGAAUCCACAGUUCCAAAUGCCACCACAGUUCCAAAGCCACCCGCAAUCUCCAAUGAACCCGCAGCACCAAAUGAUGCACCCACCACAGUCUCCAAUGAACCCGCAGUUCCAACGGCAACCACAAUCUGAUAUGAGACAAUACACGCAGUCACCAACUAACUCGCAUUCUCCAGUGCAAACACAGUCUCAAGGGUUUAGCAGCGGGCAGUCUUCUGAACGGGGAAGGGGGUUCCGUGGUCGUGGUAGAGGUAGAGGUCGGGGUAGGGGUCGCUUUGGACGUGGUCGAGGUAGGCAACAGUCGGGAUGAAACUGUUUUUUGUGAAGCAUUUUUGAUGUGUGUCAAAAAUAGGCUUUAUUUAGUUUUGUAUGCCAGUUUCUGACUCGAAAAAAAACAAAGCUACGGUGAUAUUUCUUCUUGCACCAGAAAUUUUUUUCACACAUAUUUUCUAAUU